AUGUUGCGUACAAUUUUCUUGACAAUCUUCCUUCUGGGAAAUUUCGCUAAUUGUCGAAUAGAUAACAUCAUGGAAAUUCAAAAUUCAACGACUCACGGAAGAUUUUUCCCGCUAUUCAGUGUUAUUCGUUUUGCAAACUCACAAUGUCUUGCUAGCAACAAUUUAAAUGGUACUUGCUUUACUAGAAGAGAAUGUCGUGAUUAUGGUGGAACACCAUCCGGGAAUUGUGCAAAUGGACAUGGUGUUUGCUGUGUUUUUCAAAAGACGUGUGGUUCCACAACAAAUGUAAAUAAUACAUAUUUUACAAAUCCAGAAUAUCCAACAACUUAUGAAGGACAAGGACGAUGUACUAUAACAGUACAACGUUGUAACUCAAACAUAUGUCAAUUACGUUUAGAUUUCUUGGAAUUUAGUCUAGCGUCACCAAAUGCUAGUGGAAUUUGUGACUAUGAUCUUCUUUUAAUAUCUGGAGCUGGAAGUAUAGUACCACGAAUUUGUGGAGAAAAUGCAAAUCAACAUGUGUACAUGGAUUUCAAUGGUAAUACACCCAUUAUGAUAUCGAUUGAUACUAAUUCCGAAUAUAGUACAGAUCGUCGUUGGAAUAUAAGAAUACAACAACUUCCUUGUGAUUCCACAUACAAAGCUCCAAAUGGAUGUUUGCAGUAUUAUGAUACUGUCACAAAUACUGUAACAAGUUUUAAUUAUGGCACAACACAGAAUCCAAGAGCUCCAGAACUUGGUACACGACAAAUCUCAAAUACAAAUUAUGGUGUAUGUAUACGAAUGGCACAAGGAUAUUGUGCCAUUGAAUGGUCACAAACAACUUCCAAUUCAUUUACGGUUUCUGGAGAUACAGGUUCAUUGGAUCCCAGUAUAAUAGGUACUGAAUUUGCAGCAGAAUCAGGAAUAGAGUGCACAAAAGAUUUUGUUAUUAUUCCACAUCCCUUUACAAAUGGUGUUGCUGUUGGAACUGAACGAUUUUGUGGUAAUGGUUUUACAACAAAAACAUCAUAUUCUAAGCCAUUUGUGUUAUAUGUUAUUACAAAUGAAGAUGAAGUUGGUGAAAUUCAAAACAAGGGUUUCUCAUUGACAUACCGUCAAAUACCUUGUGCCGCUUAA